GGAAUUCCAUGAAUAAUGUUAAUGGCAACAACUGUGACUGGCUAGGCUUCUCUGUCUCCCCUAACGUUAGCAUGGAGCUUUCUUCUUCCUCUGCUACUGCUGUCUCCUCUUCAAUUCCUGCAAACCUUUUUCACUCCCCAUCACAAUUUAACUAUGGCAUUUGCUAUGGCGUCGAUGGAGAAAAUGGUGGCUUUUAUUCACCAUUGUCUGCCAUGCCACUCAAGUCAGAUGGCUCAAUUUGUUCAAUGGAAUCACUCAGCAGGCAGCAUCCACAAGUGGCGAGUAGCUCUACUCCAAAACUAGAGGAUUUCUUCGGUGGCGCAACUAUGGGGUCCCAUCACUAUGAAAGCAAUGGCAGGGAAGCUAUGGCUCUCAGCCUCGACAGCAUUUUUUGCCAUCAAAACCCAACUCAUGAGCCCAACAACCAACCCUUUGCGCAUUUCUCAUCCUUGAGAAGCCGUGAAGGGAUGCUUCAAGACUCGAAGGUAAUCCUGCCUGAUGGGUGCAAUCUGCAGCAGCAGCAGCACCCACCAGCAGUGAUAGAGACUAAGAAUUCUGGUCUGAAUUGGGCUGUUCCUAGGAACUAUGCUGUCGCUAAUAAUGGUUCGUUCGAGCAGAAGAUGGUGAGUUUCAUGAGUGAAAAUGGUGGAGAAUCUGGUCCCAUUAAUGCCAUGGCUUAUGGAGAUUUACAUUCAUUGAGCUUGUCCAUGACUAUGAGCCCCAGCUCUCAGUCAAGCUGUGUUACAGCCACACAGCAUGCUUCACCUGCCUUGGCUGACUGUUCUGCUAUGGAUACAAAGAAAAGAGGCCAUGAGAAGCUUGAUCAGAAGCAAAUUGUUCAUAGGAAGUCUUUAGACACUUUUGGACAGAGAACCUCCCAGUACAGAGGGGUUACAAGGCACAGAUGGACGGGUAGGUAUGAAGCACAUUUGUGGGAUAACAGUUGCAAGAAAGAAGGUCAAAGCAGGAAGGGAAGGCAAGUGUACCUUGGAGGUUAUGAUAUGGAAGAAAAAGCCGCCAGAGCUUAUGAUCUUGCUGCACUCAAGUAUUGGGGACCCUCCACCCACAUCAACUCUCCUGUGGAGAACUAUCAGAAAGAAUUAGAGGAAAUGAAGAACAUGAGUAGGCAGGAAUAUGUUGCUCACCUCAGAAGAAGAAGCAGUGGAUUCUCAAGAGGAGCCUCAAUUUACAGAGGCGUAACAAGACAUCAUCAACAUGGAAGAUGGCAGGCUCGGAUUGGGCGAGUUGCUGGUAACAAAGAUCUGUAUCUUGGGACAUUCAGUACUCAAGAGGAAGCAGCCGAAGCCUAUGACAUAGCAGCCAUCAAAUUUCGAGGAAUGAAUGCCGUUACUAAUUUCAAUAUCACGAGGUAUGAUGUGGAGCGGAUCAUUGCCAGCAAUACCCUUCUUAGUGGCGAUCUAGCUAAGAGAAAGCAGCAGCCUGAGUUUGAUAAUGAAUCACUUAGACAAACCCCUCCUACUCACAACAGCAAUUCAGAAGCUCUUCAUUUGCCCACUCAGAGUAAUCAAAGUGAAUCAGAAUGGAAGAUGGCUCUUUAUCAGUCGUCGCAACAGCUCAUUCCAAAACCACGAUUGCCGUCUGCUAUAACCGAUGAUGGAUCACAACUCGGAGUCGAAGACUCGGCCAGAAUGGGAGCUCAUUUCUCCAAUGCAUCUUCAAUUGUGACCAGCUGCAGCUUUAGCAGCUCGAGGGAGGAGAGUCCAGACAAGACGAGCCUUUCAAUGGUGUUCGGAAUGCCUCAAUCGACGUCUAAGCCAUUUGCUACCUCUGGUAGUAAUAUGAACUCCUCCUCCUGGAUUGCAUCUGCCCAGCAGUUGAGGGCAGCCAAUUGUAUGAGCCAGUUGCCAGUGUUUGCUGCCUGGUCUGAUAGUUGAGGAAAAGAAUUUGAUAUUUACUGAUGUAGUAGCAAGAACAGGAACUUCAACUUAUUUUAAACAAUAGAGAAAUGAAGUUCAAAUUGGAGUGUCCCUGUUGUAUCUCUAUCUCUUUCUGUAUUAUUGUCUUUGUUUUUCCUUUGUUAUCAAAGUCAUAAUUGAGCUCA